CUCUGCUAGUGGAAGUACAAAUACAUAGUCAUUUCCGAGGUGAAAGAGAGAGACAGAGAGAAUAAUGUUUGUGGUGGCCGGGGGCCUACAAAAGAAAAGAAAUGAGUUCCAGUAAACUUGGCGAGGAGGAGAAGAUCAUUAUCGAUACAGAUACAGAUGAUAGCAUGGCAAUCUUCAUGGCAUUCCAAAGUCCACAGCUGGAGGUUUUAGGCUUAACCACAAUAUUUGGUAAUGUUACUACAGAAGAUGCCACUCGCAAUGCAUUGCUUCUGUGUGAGAUUGCUGGAUGUCCAGGUCUUCCUGUGGCAGAGGGUACCCCUGAGCCUUUGACGGGUGGAAGACCACGUGUUGCAGACUUUGUUCAUGGUUCAGAUGCAUUAGGGAACAUUUCCUUACCUCCUCCAAAAUCCAAGAAAAUUGACAAAACGGCAUCAGAAUUUUUGGUGGAUAUGGUUUCUAAAUAUCCUGGUGAAGUAUCCAUACUUGCGCUGGGACCAUUGACAAAUUUGGCUUUAGCAAUGAAGAGGGACUCAUCCUUUGCAAGCAAGGUUAAGAGAGUGGUGAUUCUUGGUGGAUCUUUCUUUGCAUUGGGGAAUGUCAAUCCUGCUGCUGAAGCAAAUAUCUAUGGGGACCCAGAAGCAGCCGAUGUUGUGUUUACAUCUGGGGCAGAUGUUGUUGUUGUUGGCAUAAACAUAACAACUCAAGUCAAAAUGACAGAUGCUGACCUUGAUGAAUUGAGGCAGUCCGAGGGAAGACAUGCUCAAUUUAUAAGCAACAUGUGCAAAGUUUAUGGAGAUUGGCAUGUAAAGUCUGAUGGAGUCCAUGGUAUUUUCCUUCAUGGCCCAGUCAGUUUUGUGGCACUAGUUCAGCCUGAUCUCUUUACUUACAAGAAGGGGGUUGUGCGAGUUGAGACACAGGGGAUAUGUUUAGGACAUACACUUAUGGACCAAGGACUAAAAAGAUGGAAUUCAAGCAACCCGUGGUCGGGCUAUUCCCCUGUUUCAGUUGCGUGGACGGUGAAUACAGACGAAGUUCUUAAUUAUGUUAAGCAACUGUUGAUGAAACCCUGACUUGUAUGCAAGUUGUGUUCUUCACUCUUUUGAAUGUUUUGAAAAAGUUUGAAAAUGAAAGUUGGAUUGUCUUUGACCCCA